AUGGGACCCUACACACCAGGGUCCAUGCUGAUCCCCACCCCAGGGUCCAUGGUACCCCCCCACCCAGGGUCCAUGGUGACCUCCCACCCCAGGAGUCCAUGGGUCCAUGGUAACCCCCCACCCCAGGGUCCCCCCACCCCAGGGUCCAUGGUGACCCCCCACCCCAGGGUCCAUGCUGACCCCACCCCCCAUGGUGACCCCCACCCCAGGGUCCAUGGUGAUCCCCACCCCAGGGUCCAUGCUGAUCCCCCCACCCCAGGGUCCAUGGUGACCUCCCACCCUAGGGUCCAUGCUGACCCCCACCCAGGGUCCAUGGUGACCCCCACCCCAGGUCCAUGGUCUAUGGUGAUCCCCACCCCAGGGUCCAUGGUGACCCCCACCCCAGGGUCCAUGCUGAUCCCCCACCCAGGUUCCAGGUCCAUGGUGAUCCCCACCAGGGUCCAUGGUCUCCACCCCAGGGUGGUGAUCCCCACCCCAGGUUCCAUGGUGUCCCCCACCCCAGGGUCCAUGGGUCCCAUGCUGACCCCCCACCCCAGGUUCCAUGGUGACCCCCCACCCCCAGGGUCUAUGGUGAUCCCCACCCCAGGGUCCAUGGUGACCCCCACCCCUAGGGGUGAUGCCCCACCCCCCAGGGUCCAUGGUGAUCCCCCACCCCCAGGGUCCAUGGUGACCCCCACCCCAGGGUCCAUGGUGAUCCCCCACCCCAGGGUCCAUGGGUCUAUGGUGACCCCCCACACCAGGGUCCAUGGUGACCCCCCACCCCCAGGGUCCAUGCUGACCCCCCACCCCAGGUUCCAUGGUGACCCCCCACCCCGGGGGACCAUGGUGAUCCCCACCCAGGGUCCAUGGUGA